AUGAAGCGAUCAAAAACUCAUGUUAUCAAUGAAAUAGGAAGAGAGCUCGAAGAAACUAUUUUAGAGAGUUUGAAUGUUAAGAAUAGUGAAGAUCGUGGUGAUAAAGGGAAAGAUAUACGUUCUAAUAUCUCAUUGUUAUUCAAUUCAAGAAAUUAA